AUGUUACUUGCUGCAGAUGCAAUUGAAGAUUGGACUUAUUAUCUUAUUAAUUUUACCCCAUCAUCAACAUCUCUUCAUCCACUUUCUCCUUUAAUUCGAAGUAAAAAUGAAGAAGAAGAUAAAAGUUUAAAUAAAGAAUGUAUUCGAUUUGAAUCAGAUUUAAAACGUAUUUAUAUUAAUGCAACACGUUCAAUACAAACCCAAGAUCAAACAAAUUCAAAUCGAUAUGCAUUAGUUAAAGCUAAUGCAUUCAAAGAAACAAAUAUUAAAAGACCAGAAGAAUGUCGAUGUGUUCUCCAAGAUUUUCAAUAUUUUAUUAAGGAAUUUCAAGAUAAAAUUGAUACAUCUGAAUUAGAAAUUAAAGAUCUAGCAAUGGAAACUCGUGGCUAUGGAAUUUUUGCUAAUGUAAAAGGUGAAGACAGUUUUGAAGAAUAUGUUAAAUUUAUAUUUGUUGGCUUAAUUCAACGUUGUGAACAAAUUGCAAUGCCAACAAUGACACUAUCUCAAACAGUAGAUGUAUUUAAUGAACGUUUUUAUGAUUUACCGAAUUUAAUUGAUGUUCUUUCAGCUAUUAUUAUUGAAAUGACAAAUAUUGGAAAAGAAUUUCUUGGUCCACUUGAACGUUUAACUUACAUGACAAUUGAUUAUUAUCCACGUUAUCAACCUAAACCACAAGCAACAACAUGUUCAUCUGUUAUUAAAAUGAUUUUAGAGGAAGAUGAAGAUGAAACUACUACAACUGAUUCUGGUUUUGGUAUGAAACCUGGUAAACCAAAAGAUUUUCAAAUUUUUUAA